GAAAGAAGAAGAACGACGAAAGGCAAUACUACUAAAAGAUGGCGGCGUCCUCAUCCGUAGGACGCGUUUUGACUCUUUGCAGGCGCUUUCAGAAUGUGUGCUCGUUGUCUUCAUCGAUUGGAACACAGAGGUGCGCGUUCAGUCUGACAAAGUAUCAGGGCAAUCUCAACAGCAGGAGCACGUCUUCCCAGCUCCUCUCAUGUAGCACCAUCUUCAUGCCUCUGGGUCAGCACCAAUCUGUCCACACGACCAUCAGCAGGAGAGGUCUGGAGGAAUUCUUCGACUCUCCUGAGAACUGGGGAGAGAGCACAGUGAAGUCAGGUGCACCAUGGACUGCCAAACAACUGAGAGCGAAAAGCAACGAGGACUUACAUAAACUCUGGUAUGUGCUGCUAAAAGAGAGGAACAUGCUACUCACACUUGAGCAGGAAGCAAAAAGGCAAAGGGUUCCAAUGCCAAGUCCUGAAAGACUGAGGAAGGUGGAAAGAUCCAUGACAAGACUGGACACGGCAGUGUGGGAGAGAGAGACUGCACUGCGGCUGCUGCAGACAGGUCAGGAGAAAGGCCGACCGGGAGCCUGGAGGAGAAACAUGUUUGGACAGGUCUACUGGUAUCGAUUCAAAGAGUACGCAAUUCCGUGGCACUUGAACAAAAGAUACAAGCGCAAGAAGUUCUUCACACCAUCAUUUGUCGAGCCUCAUGUCAGGUUGCGUAUAGAGAAGUACCUCCGGGAAAAGGCCAGAAAAAUGAAUCGACAGAAUCGACGUCUGCUCAAAUUAAAGGAGAAGCUUCCAAAGUCGCUUUCUGCAUGAUGAAACUUUUUAUAGUUGAGUUUCAUACAGCUAAUAUAAAUAAGUGCUUAAAGUGCAUUUUUACUAUUAUUGAAUUUGUGAGAAAAUAUACAAAAAUUCAAAUGCCAUCUUUGUUCUUGUCCGUAUCACAAUUUAAUGUUUGUAUUUGUUUUAAUGUUACAAAACUUUGUGACAAAUAAAAAAUAUCAGCCAGCUCCUACAAACACAAAACAUGGGUAAACAAAAGUUUUAUUUUAAAAGACCAUAUGGAACAAAUGUGAAAAUUAAAUACGGAUUCAUUUGAGUUGACCCAAGACUAAGACCAGGUGAGACCGGAAUAACCUCAACCAAAACUUUGGUUCAAUUGCUAAACGCAGAAACGAGCACAUCACCAAAGCAAACAGUCAUGCACUCCCAAACAAUGGUCCUCCGAGCUUCAUUCUCCAUCACAAAUGGUUUUUUAUGGUGCCUUUGACAGCGCAAAAU